UCCGGGUAAGAUCAGGAAGCCCAACCUCACCCGGCGUUGCAAAUUACCGGCACGCGUGGAAACCACGCUGCUUAAAACCUCCUCCUCUUUUAUGCCUAGGGUUUCCUUUCCUUUGCCAGCAGCAGCUAGCGAAUUCUGUUCUGAACCGUUUGUAGGGUUUUAUCGAAUCGAUCUGUUCGUCUUCGGAUCGGAGAGAUGGCAGAUCGAUUGACUAGGAUCGCUAUCGUCAGCUCCGAUCGCUGCAAGCCCAAAAAGUGUCGCCAGGAGUGUAAAAAGAGCUGUCCCGUAGUGAAAACAGGUAAGCUUUGUAUAGAAGUCACUCCAGCAGCGAAGAUUGCUUUCAUUUCUGAGGAAUUAUGUAUUGGAUGUGGUAUUUGUGUCAAGAAAUGCCCAUUUGAGGCCAUUCAGAUUAUUAAUCUGCCCAAGGACUUGGAUAAAGAUACAACUCAUCGUUAUGGACCUAACACCUUCAAGUUGCAUAGGUUGCCAGUCCCAAGGCCUGGGCAAGUUCUUGGUCUGGUUGGAACAAAUGGUAUUGGAAAGUCAACUGCCCUUAAAGUAUUGGCUGGAAAGUUGAAACCCAACUUGGGCAGAUUCAACAAUCCACCAGACUGGCAGGAAAUUCUGACAUACUUCAGAGGAUCCGAGCUUCAGAACUAUUUUACUCGUAUAUUGGAGGACAAUCUCAAGGCUAUUAUCAAACCACAAUAUGUUGACCACAUCCCCAAGGCUGUUCAAGGAAAUGUAGGACAGGUGCUUGACCAAAAAGACGAGAGAGAUAUGAAGGCUGAACUCUGUGUUGACCUUGAGUUGAAUCAGGUUAUUGAUCGGAAUGUUGGAGAUUUGUCAGGGGGAGAGUUGCAAAGGUUUGCGAUUGCUGUGGUUGCUGUACAGAAUGCAGAGAUUUAUAUGUUUGACGAGCCAUCGAGUUACCUUGAUGUGAAACAGAGACUGAAAGCUGCUCAAGUCAUUCGGUCCUUGCUGAGGCCCAACAGUUAUUUGAUCAGCAGUUAUGUGAUUGUUGUGGAGCAUGAUCUUAGUGUCCUUGAUUACUUAUCAGAUUUUAUUUGUUGCUUGUAUGGGAAACCGGGAGCAUAUGGAGUUGUUACAUUACCUUUCUCAGUUAGGGAAGGAAUUAACAUUUUCUUGGCUGGUUUCGUACCUACAGAGAAUUUAAGGUUCCGUGAAGAUUCACUUACAUUUAAGGUUGCUGAAACUCCUCAGGAAAGUGCUGAGGAGAUUGAGACAUAUCAGCGUUAUAAGUACCCUACUAUGAGUAAAACCCAGGGUAAUUUCAAGCUCUCUGUCAUGGAGGGUGAAUUCACUGAUUCUCAAAUUGUUGUAAUGUUGGGAGAGAAUGGGACAGGGAAAACAACAUUUAUUCGCAUGCUGGCUGGACUGCUGAAGCCCGAUGUGGUAGAAGGUACGGACAUUGAGAUACCCGAGUUCAAUGUUUCCUAUAAGCCUCAGAAAAUCAGCCCGAAAUUUCCAAAUUCUGUGAGGCACUUGCUGCAUCAAAAAAUUAGGGAUUCAUAUAUGCAUCCUCAGUUCGUAUCUGAUGUUAUGAAACCCUUACAAAUUGAGCAACUAAUGGACCAAGAAGUUGUGAACCUUUCUGGUGGAGAACUGCAAAGAGUUGCUUUGUGUCUGUGUCUUGGAAAGCCUGCAGAUAUCUAUCUUAUAGAUGAACCUAGCGCUUACCUGGACUCCGAGCAGCGUAUUGUUGCCUCAAAGGUCAUUAAAAGAUUUAUACUUCAUGCAAAGAAAACUGCCUUUGUUGUUGAGCAUGAUUUCAUUAUGGCGACUUACCUGGCUGACAAAGUGAUUGUGUACGAGGGGAAACCAUCUAUCGACUGUAUAGCCAAUGCUCCCCAGUCAUUGGUAUCUGGGAUGAACCGCUUCUUAUCUCAUCUUGACAUUACUUUUAGACGAGACCCAACCAAUUACAGACCUCGCAUUAAUAAGCUGGAUUCAACCAAAGACAGGGAACAGAAAUCUGCAGGAUCCUAUUACUACCUUGACGAUUGAUGCAAUGCCUAUAUUACUUGGCUUUCAGAUUCAGAGAGAUUUCGCAAGCAGUUUUUUUCUUGUAUCCUUGCUCGGGCCUUCACUAUGCCUGUAGGCAUUCAGAUCUCCCACUGCAUACUGACACAUGUCAUUCGCAUAAUCCUUUUCCAUCCACUGAGGGAUUUCAUCACUUGCUGUAAGUUGAGGGUGUAUAAUACUUCUCUUGGGGUUCUGCUGGGGUAUAGUAAGUUAUGAAGCAAAGCUAUCGACGUGGUCAGCACAUAGGUGAUUGCUCUACAAUGCUUGUUCCUACUUAGUUCCAAGUCCUGGUACUUCUGUAUGUUCUAACUGGGAUUGGAGAUAACUUGAGUGGACGUCUGCGUAUUUAUUAUUACUUUAUUAUUUUUGCCUUUGUGUCGAGGAUGGUUGCUGGUUUACUUAAUUAUUCAACCGUGCGAAUGGUUUUGGUUGUGUAAGAAUGCUUACGAAUGUUGAGUGAACUUUUUGUUGUGGUAUUAUGCAACAAAUUUCAUUUUUGAUUGUAUGAGGAACUUCUAUUAGUUAAUAACCCGGAUUUUCAUCGAUUGAA